AUGGGAACAAUGAGCACCUACAACUCGGCAUUCAACUCUUUUUUCCUUCGAAAAAUCUUAGCCAUUCACGUGUCAGAAUUUACUCAAACGGAAAAAUUGGAGGGUGGAAUGGAAGAGGUUAGAGGAUAGACCGCUUUAAAAAAAUUUCCCUAACCUCGGCGCAAACGUUUUCUCGUUAACGUGCACCAAACAUGCUUUUUUCUCUUUCAAAUCAGGUUAGCUCCUCCUCCUCCUCCUUCUUCUUUUCGCUAGUUGUGAGGAAGGAACAAACACAGAUUUUCGUUUUUUCUCUUUCGUUUGAACAAAAAUUCUUUAAGCCAACGACUUUUUUUUUUUUGGAAAUUUCGCCACCGCCUGCCGAGGGGCCUAACUUUGCAGGCUUCUUGGACCUAGAUAGGCCGAAAAGGCCAGAUUUUUGUCAAAACUGCAAAAUGAAAAAUCGUUCUGGGCACAGAGUUCUAGGUCGUGUCUUUUCACUCUACAAAUUCAGAGCUCUCCAAAAACACUGGGAGGGGCGGGACGAAGGAAAAAGUUAUGUUAUGAAUAAAUGGAGUGUCUGUGUGCAUUUCGGGAAGGAAAAGUCCCAGGAGAGAAUGAGUGGGGCGGGCGGGAGACAAAGAAGAAGACGAAGCGCGGAGAAGAAGGAGAAGGAGUUGGAGGGAAAAGAGCAAGAAGAUGUGCUCCUCGAGCAUUUUUAUAAAUGUUGUUCCUCUUUGGACGCCUCCUUCCCGGCCGCCGCCACUCUUCCAUUAUACAAAAAAAGAUGAAGAAGCAAAAAGACACACACUUUCUCUCUGUGAUUCUCUUUUCUGACGCCUUCAAGGGACCGGAAGAGACGAGAAAACGAUUGUAUGUGUGUGUGUGUUUUAUGGGUUUUUUAGUAGUUUUAGGCCAUGGAUUAGUUUUAUAGAUUCUUACUCCUACCGUAAUCCUUUCGAUGAAAGUGCGCCAAGUGCUGAGUUCGAUUACAGUUUCAGUAUAUGUAUAAUUUGACAAUGCUAAUGGAUAAGAGUUUCUCGACUUGAGAUGGAAAGAGAAAAGUGAUACACGGUCUGAUAAAAGAAUGAUAAAUCACGUAAAUACAAGCAUUUUGAGCGCUCGAACCGCGAAAAUUACCGAAAAGCAACAGAAAUUCACGCAGUUUUAGCCAAAAACCUUCAAACGGAUAAAUGUGAUUUGCGACUUAACCAAAUUUAACGCUUUUGCGCUUAAAAAAUUCGUAAUAGCCUAUACAAUCGGUCUAUCGAGAGACAAAUGAGAAAUUAUCGGUUUUUCGUGGCUAAUCUGGCGAAAAACACAAAUUUUGCUGUUAAAAUUUGAAUUUCGCGCCAAUGUAUCGCUCUAUUGCGCGGGGCGCCGCACUUGCGCCCAUUGUCAGCUCUGGAGACCGUGUGAUGACAUUGUUAACAAUGCUGUUACAGAGCCAGAUGUCUGAAGGAGGUGCUCAGCGGAGAGAGGUGCACGAUUGAGUUGAUGAGAAGGACAUGGACGAUACCGGCGACGAAGGAACGCAUGAUCCACGCCUUCUUCAUUCUAGACAUUGAAAGAGUUUGUAUUUAUUUCACCGUAAACACAUUUCUCUCUCUCUCUCUCUCUAUUUCCAGCCGGCCAACAUGUUCAACACGGCUGUCGGACUCAAGAUUCUCGUCAAAAAUGAGCAUUCGAACACCAACUGA